CAAAAAGAUUAACCAAACCUUAACCACCACCUCUUAUCAUUCUAUCUCACAUAUCAUAUCCUACUUUCCAACACAACCUCAAAGAAAAACAGCUCACCACAAUCAACAAACAUGUGUCCCAUGAGAUUUCUGCUGGUGUUUUUAUCGGCCAUUUUAGCUGGUUACAUGGCCUGGAAGUCGGUUCGAACCUCAUCCGAAACCGAUAACAAUGUUUUCGAUGAUGAUUCGUCCAUUCACAAACAAGAAUGUAACAUCAUCAAGAUGGCUCAAAAUGGAUUUUGGGGAUUUGUAGACAUGGCUAGUGGAAAGUAUCUAUGGAGGAACCUAAACCAGAUUAAGCAAGAUGAGAAAACGAAAAGUUCUUAAAACCAUUGAUCCUUGGGUUUGACUAAAAGUCAAACCUUAUCGCGAUCUUAGUUUUCAUGUAUCAGCAAUGUCAAACCACUUCUUUUAUAUGUACCGUCAAUGUUUAACUGUACAGAUCUUCAUAUUUAUGUAAACAUGGUGUUAAUGCCAUCUCAAGAGUUAAGAUAA